AGAUGAAAAAGAGCUAUUCCGCUAUACCGAUCGGGCACCUUUGUUUUUCUGCCCUUUAGACACAACACGUACGUUAUCGCAAAUCGUAAUGCUGCUGAACUGAUAAAACAUCGCGGUUCUAUCGAUCUGAAAGGGUUACGUUACUUAUACUCGUCAUUGCAUCGCUGCCACGGCCAGCCACGAUCACGUUCGGUGUUCACGCUGCUCUAGAUUUUCAUGCAGAGUACAACGUAUAGUUCUCGCAAUUCCUGCUCGGUACCUCAACGCGGUGAUAUCUCACGGCACGCGAAACGAGAUCAUUUUCAGGUCGACGAACGGGCGGCUCCGGGAGGCCCAGCGGAAUGGCUUGCGAGGCAUGUAACGCCAAGUUCAAUCUGUUCAAGAGAAAAAAACAAUGCGUGGACUGCCUGAGGUAUUUUUGCUCCGAGUGCGUGAUCAAACGGCUGGACAAGGUGUUCACUUGCGACAGCUGUGGUCUAUUGUCAAGGAGGCCGCUUAUCAGAAAUCAAAUCAGACAAAUACGUUCGAGAGACUUGCGUCAGUAUCUUGUAGCGAAGAAGGUCUCUGUCAAGGGUUGCGUUGAGAAAGAGGACUUGGUACACUUACUAAUGCUCUUUGCUAACGGAACUGACCCGUGCCUGAACUCUGACCACAGUACAAGCGCCAGAAUACAAAAUGCUACAGAAGAACCACAUUCCAGGGUUGAUCCCACUUUGAGUAGAAUGGAAAACAUGCCAAAUGUCAGUACUGCGAAUAGUGAAUGUGUUGCGAACGUGCAGGUGCCAGUGGAACCUGUAAGAAAUGAGGAUGUCGAAAUGGCGGAGGAAGUGAGUGAAAGUAGUGACAGUAGUCCGCUUAUUAGCGUUCCAUUUAGCAGCGAUAACGAGUCACCCGAGGAGAAACCGACGAAAAGUAGCGACGUUGAAAUAGAAGAAAUAUUUGAGGGUGACAGCAAUCCAACUGGGCCUAGCACCGCAUCGGAACCAGUAGUCACCGAACAGGAAGAAGUGCCCGAAACGUCAAACCAGAAAAAAUCGGAUAUGGUCACAGAGAUUCCUAUGUGGUCAGAUAAAGUGCAACUGUCAGACAUAAAGGAAGCGUCGGAACUGGAGUAUCUAAGCAUUAAGCAAUUAAAAAAUCUGUUGAGUACAAAUCGCGUGGAUUAUAAAGGCUGCAUCGAGAGACAAGACUUACUGAACAAAGUGUCUAGAUUAUGGCAGGAAUAUAGUCAAUCUAGAAAAGAUGUAGAAAAACUCAGUGAGGAAGAAUUGUGCAAAAUCUGCUGGGACGCGCCGAUCGAGUGUGUAAUUUUAGAAUGUGGCCAUAUGGCAUGUUGUAUAAACUGUGGUAAACAAAUGUCCGAAUGUCCGAUAUGCAAACAAUACGUCGUUCGUGUUGUACGAUUCUUCAAAGCUUGAAGGGGCAACGAUCAGAAUAUACAUAACGACAGCUGAUUAUAAUUUUAUCAACUUGGGAAAGAGGUCUCAAGUUAAAUCCUUUGUUAUCUUUGAAAUUGUUACCUCAUUAGUCUGCCAGUUGUUAUAGAUCAAUUUUGACAUAUAAAACAAAAUUGAUAUAUAGAAAACUAAGUUUGUAUGUAAAACACUAAAUUUUUGUACAUUUUGAUGAACAGAACUAGCUCUGCAUAAGAUUUAGACCAAUAGCAUGCAGUUAUCUUGACUUUUAAGUCUAAAUUGAUUCAACUUGCAGCAUUUUUUGCCCUUUAAAAUGCAAUUCCGAAUUCUUCCUAGAUGGAGACUAGUAUUUUAAGAUUCAUAUCUAUGUCGUAUAUGUAUUAUAUAUAAAUUGAAGUGUAUAUACACAUACCUAUGCAUGUAUGUGUAUAUAUGUGUAAAUAGGGUAUAAUAUAGGAUAUAUAUAUAUAUACGAUAUAUGAAGUUUUUAUAUUGCGGAGCUGUAUGUAUGUGUGCAUGUGUACACACAUCUCGUAACGCUCCAAUCUCCUGUGAUUCUGGAAAUUUUGUAAUGUACAGAAUGUAUCUUUUUUAUAAAAAUAAAUAAUAUAUGAACCAA